GGAACGUUGAGUCCCGGUGCAGCGUCCCAUCUCACUUCCUGGACUUCCUGUCUUCUCUUGGUCGGCCGGUGGAGGUGGGGCCACGACAGGGGAAGAGCACCAGCUCCAGCAGUCCGAAAUUCCCUGCUGUGCUGGGUGACAGUGGAGGGGGCGUGUUUAACGGAGAAAAAUUUGUCCUGAUGUUUGCUGAUGCUCUGACGGAGCUCACCUUCAUCGUCCCAUCAGUGUCCCACACGGUUGAUUGGUUGAAGAAUCCAAAAGAGGCGGAGCCUCUGACUGAGUCAUCAUGCCACAUGCAGAGUCACUCUGAGCUUGGCCAAGACCCCACAAGUUCUCCAGUCGAAGACAGGAAGUCUUUUCCUUUUGUGUCGUCGUUCGUUGGCUCUGAAUCUAAACUGCUGAUAGUUUGGGUCGAGCGGUUUGACGAUAUCGAGAGUUUCCCUCUGUCUGAUCUGCUGUCAGAGAGGAAGACAGGAACAUCGGCUGGCGUCUCAGACGUCCAGCUGAUCUUCAUCCAUCCUCUGAAAACUGGACUCUACCGGAUCCGUUUCCAUGAAAACGUCACCAGCAAGUUCAGUUUAGUUGUUCCACUGGUCAAUGGGAGUGUGGUCAGCAAGAGGUCACUGGGUUUCCUGGUCAGAGAGAUGGUGAUCAACUGUUGCCAUCGGCGACGGUUGGAAAGUGACUCGGCCCCUCCGCCACAUGUAAGAAGGAGGCACAUGAUCAAUGACAUCAUCCUUCGUUACCGCAGCCGCUGCUCGGAACCUGCCUUCUAUUCUGCCCUGUUCCGUGACCUCUGACUGUUACCAUGGCAACAUUAUUGCUGAUCUACCAUUAACAGUUUUAAAGGGGGCUAUUUGUAAGUUUUGCUAUUGAUAUGUCACCGACGUUAGCAUUAACAGCAGUCUACUUAACAGUCUAGAAGAACUAAGAGCUGUCUCCAGCAGUGGAAAGCAACGCCAAUGUUAACUCUUAUUUUACUCCUAUUUCUAUUUUCUUCUAUUGAAGUUAGCAUGCUAACUGGCUAGCGCUGGCCGGGCUGUACUGUACUGUAGCAUCCGGUCUGGCCUGAACAAAUAACGCUGCCCACCAGCUGCUCCCAGCAACAAACCACAUUUGUUGGUGGAGAAAAUGUACAAAUCGCCUAUUUAAAGGUGUGUGUCUAAAUCAACCAAUCAGAAUCAACCGUUAUUGCUCUCAGGUUAAAAACUUUACCUCCAAGUUUGAUUUUCUGAUGACGGGUGUUACUGAGUGAUGAUGUCACCUGUAUGUCUAAUAAAUAGUGUGUGUUUAAACCACUGUGGUCUCUGUAAAAACCUCACAUUCAACAUCUACCAGCUGAUUGGUCCUCUGGUGAGUGAUGACAUCACGUUACUGAACUUGACAAACAAAAUGCUACCUUCUCCUCACCUCCUCCACGCCACUGCCUCCUCCGUUUCUUCUCCUUUCCCCCUCCUCUUUGCUUUCUCCUCUUCUUCCUUCUGGACAUCUCCACCUCCUUCUUUACUUCUCCUCCUCUUUCUCUUCCUCGACCUCUGCUCCUUGAUUUCUUCACCUCCUCCUUUACUUCUCUUCCUAGUCCUCUACUUCUUACUGUCUCUUCCUCCUCUUCUUGACCAGCUCCUACUUUUCUUCUUUCUCCCUUCCUCAUCCACCUCCUUUUCCCCCCUCAUUUAUAUGGCUCCUGCUUUGUUUCACUCCACCUGUCUCUCCUCUGGUUGCCGUGGUUACCACCUUGAGGUCAUCCUGUUACCAUGGUGAUGGACAGAUAAGAUAAUAAAACAUCCUGCACAUAAAUCUUUUUUGUUGUGUUUGUCUUGUUAUAUCUAAUUGAUCAGUGUUUUUUUUUUUUUUUCCUUAUCUGUGAUCAAUAACCCGUCGCUGACGUCAUUCUGUUUCCUAUUUGUGCGGGAAGUCGGUGAGGAGAGAAAAAACCUGCUGAUCAACCAAUCUGCCACUGGCCUGUCUCUCUGCGGGUCCUCUUUCCCUCCAUACCUCUCUCCUCUUCACCUCCUCCUCUCCUCAUUCUCCUCCUGCACCUCCUCUCCGCAGCAGCGAUGCUCCCGCCAGGCCAGGCCGGCCUCGGUGCUUUGUCUGCGGGCUGGCGGUAGAUCGGUAGGUCGGUGCGGGUCGCGGCUCUCAGUCAUGGUGCAGAAAUCCCGGAACGGCGGGGUUUUCCCGGGGGCGCAGGCCGACCAGAAGAAGCUGAAGGUCGGCUUCGUGGGUCUGGAGGCCGGAGGGACCGAGUCCAGCAGGGACGGAGCUCUGCUCAUAUCAGGUGGGGAGGAGGGACCUCGGCGGCAGCGCAGCAGCGUCUCCGGGGGAAAGAAACCUCCGAAACGAAACGCUCUCUACAGACGACUGCAGAACUUCCUGUACAACGUCCUAGAGAGACCUCGAGGAUGGGCCUUCAUCUACCACGCAUACGUGUUCCUGCUGGUGUUCUCCUGUCUGGUUCUGUCUGUGUUCUCCACCAUCAAAGAGUACGAGAAGAGUUCAGAGGACGCUCUCUACAUCCUGGAAGUGGUGACCAUCGUGGUGUUCGGGGUGGAGUACAUGGUGAGGAUCUGGGCUGCAGGUUGUUGUUGUCGGUACAGAGGAUGGAGAGGACGACUCAAAUUCGCCAGAAAACCGUUCUGUGUCAUAGACAUCAUGGUGCUGAUCGCGUCCAUCUCAGUCUUGGCUGCAGGGACUCAGGGCAACGUCUUUGCCACGUCUGCGAUCCGGUCUCUUCGGUUCCUUCAGAUCCUGAGGAUGAUCCGGAUGGACCGGCGAGGAGGAACCUGGAAACUGCUGGGAUCAGUGGUCUACGCCCACAGCAAGGAGUUGAUCACAGCCUGGUAUAUCGGCUUCUUGUGUCUCAUUCUGGCCAGUUUCCUCGUUUAUUUGGCAGAAAAGGAAGACAACGAACAGUUUGAGACUUACGCCGACGCACUCUGGUGGGGACUGAUCACCUUGACAACCAUCGGUUAUGGCGAUAAAUUCCCCAUCACCUGGAACGGACGUCUGCUGGCUGCGACCUUCACGCUGAUCGGAGUUUCGUUCUUCGCUCUGCCUGCUGGGAUCCUGGGUUCUGGAUUUGCUCUGAAGGUUCAGGAGCAGCACCGGCAGAAACACUUCGAGAAGAGACGAAACCCAGCAGCCGGACUCAUACAGGCGGCGUGGAGGGUUUACGCCACAAAUCUGACCCGAACAGAUCUGACUUCAACAUGGGAUUAUUACGAGAGGACUGUCUCUGUCCCCAUGUACAGGUUGAUUCCUCCUCUCAAUCAGCUGGAUUUAUUGAGGAACCUCAAGAACAAAUCAGGACUCUCAUUCAGGAGAGACGUCCAGCCUGAACCGUCUCCCAGUCAGAAGGUCAGUCUGAAGGAGAGGGUCUUCUCGUCUCCGCGGAGCUCAGGAACCAAAGGGAAAGGUUCUCCUCAGCACGUGGUUUCCACAGUCGGCCCCGGUGCGAGUCCUGGUCCUGGUGUGGCUCCUGGAGUUCCUGGAGGUCCGGGGGGAGUCCAGGCCCUGCGACGGUCCCCCAGCAUGGAGCCCAAUCUGGAGGACAGUCCCAGCAAGGUUCCAAAGAGCUGGAGCUUUGGAGAACGCAGCAGAACCCGACAGGCGUUCAGGAUCCGAGGAGCUGCCUCCCGCCAAAACUCUGAAGUGCUGAUAGAGAUGCAGGAUGAAGAGUUCAGACAGAAGAACUCCCCAGAGGCCAGCCUGCCAGGAGAAGACAUGGCCGACGACAACAAGAGCUGUCACUGUGAGUUUGUCCCUCAGGAUCUGACCCCAGGGUUAAAGGUCACCAUCAGAGCCAUCUGCAUCAUGCGUUUCAUGGUCUCGAAGAGGAAAUUUAAGGAGAGUCUUCGUCCCUAUGAUGUCAUGGACGUGAUCGAACAGUACUCAGCCGGACACCUGGACAUGCUCGCCCGCAUCAAGAACCUCCAGUCAAGAGUGGAUCAGAUAGUCGGCAGAGGAACACCAAUUGCAGACAAAGACCGUCCCAAAGCAGCCAGUGAGGAGCUCCCUGAUGAUCCGAGCAUGAUGGGGCGGCUGGGGAAGGUGGAGAAGCAGGUCCUGUCAAUGGAGAGAAAGUUGGACUUCCUGGUUAACAUCUACAUCCAGCGAAUGGGAAUACCUCAGGCUGAGACAGACGCCUACUUCGGAUCCAAGGAGCCAGACCCGGCCCCGCCCUACCACAGUCCGGUGGAUCAGCUGGAGAAGAGCCAGUCCAUCAAUAAAAUCCAGCAGGUGACUGGCGACCAUACAGAGAAGACCCGUUUUGGGACAAAGAUGGUCCGCUCCAGCAGCUCGACCGGACAAAGAAACUGCAACACCCCCACCUGCCCCCCCUCCACCUCCUGGCAGCCAAUCAGCUCCCAGCUCCACCAGCAGGCCCCGCCCCCUCCUCAGCGCAGCCACGGUAACACUCCGAGUCCGGUGGGAGACGGGUCACUGGUUCGACUCCCACCUCCCCCAGCUGGGGAGAGACACGGCGGGAACCGUUCGAAUCGGCACAGCAACGGAGAGCGAGGGGGGGCAGAGAGACAGGAGAGGGGAGGAGGAGGACGGGCCAGUGGGGCUGGGGAAGGAGGAGGAGAAGGAGGGGAGGAGGUGAAGCAGGACAGCGACACCUCCAUCUCCAUCCCGUCAGUGGACCACGAGGAGCUGGAGCGCUCCUUCAGCGGCUUCUCCAUCUCCCAGUCCAGAGAGAACCUUGAUUUCCUCAACAAUAGCUUCUACUCCUCCACCAACCUAGGAGACCAACGAGGAGGAGGUGGCAGCGCCCGCUGUGCCACCGUCAGGCCUUACAUCGCUGAGGGCGAGUCAGACUCCGACUCGGAGCUCUGCGCCCCAUCGCCGCAUUCGGACCGGGCCUGGACCGGAACCAAGUAGAGCUGAAGGUAAACUGGAGCAGAACCAGCAGAACCCUUAAAAUAAUUCAAAUGUGAAUGACAACUAUGAAACUGUGAAGUGCAACAGGUUAACGGACAGAGUCAAAAACUUAUAACACCAGCUGGAAGUUCAGAGUGAAGCAUCAUGGGAACAGCAAGCGUCGUGGUGUUUUUAUCUGUGUGAAUGUUUUAACGUGUAUGGCAAAUGUUUGUCCUCACUGUCACUGAUUAGUUAACUGCUGGGACACGCUCACACCUGAUAUGUUCACUGCAGGGACACGCUUGCGCCUGAUUGGUUCACUGCUGCAACACGCUUGCACAUGAUUAGCUCACUGCUGCGAGAUGCUCACACCUGAUUGGAUCAUUAUUAUUAUCAGCAGCUUACUGUUCAAUUUAAUCAUUACCUUUUUAAAAAACAACUGAACAAUUGACUGAUACAUCACCGUGACAACAGACACAGCUGUUGUUCUCUCUAUUUCUUGUACAGAGCAAUUGAUUUGUUUAUUCUGCCCCCUAAAGGCAGAGAGUGGUAACUACAGAAAAGGUUCAAAUGUUCAGGCGGGAUCAAAAGGUGGUGUUGUCUUCAUUAAAUGUGUUUUUAUUCUGAUUAUUUUACUCCAAAAAUUCACUGUCACAGACCCAAAGAGGAUUUAUAAAGAAUAUUUAUCUGCACUCUCUGAAUAAUCUUGUCACUGACAGAUUUUAUCAGUUGCUAAGCUAAUAUAAAGCUAACAAUACCUCCAAGAACUACUUGAAGACAUAAUCUUCACAAGAUUUUUUUGUAUUUCCAGUUGAUUUUUUUGAAAGCAAAAACCCUGUUAAAGUUGUCUAUGAUGGCUGCAUACAUGAUAUCAUGCUAACAAACUUAGGCUAAAACUAACAGCUUCUCUACUGUUUUGCACGAAUAUUUGGAAAGUUGAUCAAAGGACAUGACCCUCAAAAAGUAUAUCCCCUAACUGUCAUGCUACCCAGUUACAGUUGCUAAGCUGUGAUUGGACAGUUGCUGUUCGGGGAAGGGGUUUUGUAAACUGUAAGUUAAGACUCCCAUAACUCCCAUAUGACUUCAAUGCAGCUGUCUUGCACAAUCAUGAUGUCAUAAAAACAUUAUAGUACUUAUAUAUAAUGUAAUCAUCAAACUGUUAAUUCUUCUAUAAGUAAUAUUCAUUAUUAAUCCCAACAAUUCAUUAAAUAACAGCAACAGGAAUGUUAACAUAAUACUGAUGAUAAAAUGUUUGAUGAAUGAAUUUGUGAAUCAGCUACUGAAUCUGGCCAGCAGGGGGAAGUCAGGACAAUCAGUCACUACAGGAAACCAAAAUAAGACAAACUUACCAAAAUAAAAGUCUGUUUUACUGCCUGAGCUCUGGAUAAAGAGCUCAACAUUUCUUACCAGCAGUGAAGAUAAAUACAGAGUUUCCCUGGGGAUGCCACAGGUGUCAUUAUUAAGUCCCACCCCGGAAACCACACAUACAAGGUUUAGAUGUAACAGUUUGUAGUUAAGAGACUUCAUCAGUAAACAGACUGAUUUCAUCAUCAGGAUGAAGAUGAAGAGUAAAUGCUCAGCUGAUUGAUCAGUUCUUCUUUGAUCAGCUGAUGAAAGUGACUCAUUAUUCAGUGACCUGCUGCUUGCUGACCUGCUCAUUAACUUAUUAGUCUGAAUGUAGAAACACUUCAUUUAAUGUUUCCAUGGGGACCAUGUUUCCAUGGUGAGAUUUCCUUCCUUCCUGACAUUUUUGUUUACUAGUAAGGGUUUGUCACAGAAGUUAAACUGAUUACAUUAAACUUUUGAAUUAAUUUUUUAGACUUUUGUGAAGGGUUUUUGUCAUCUGACCGUCAACCUGUGUGGAAAUGUCUAAACCUGUUCUGGAUUAAUUUUCAAAUACAACAAUGUAGAUCUUUGUUCAAACAACCUGAUAGUAUUAAAAUAUUAUCACACUUUUUAAUGGUCACUUCUAUCAGUUCCUUCAAAAUCCUUUAAAUGAGUUCUGGUGAAAAAGCGGUACGAAUAAAUCUUUGUGUUAAAUCUUGUUUCUGUAGCUGAGACUGUAAAACACAAACUGUAUCUUUGUACAGAAUGUUGCUUGUUUGAUUGUAUUUCAGUAUGAAUAAACCUUUAACCACAACAGA